UUCAAAAUCCGGCAACUGCUGACCAAACUGGAGCUGAGCAUGCCGAAAGUGGGCUCGGUGGAGGAGUUCCAAGGCCAGGAGCGGUUGGUGAUCCUGCUAUCUACUGUACGCACCACCCGAGACGAGAGCAACGUCAAGCAGCUGAUGGGCUUCAUCUCGUCGCCGCAGCGGCUGAAUGUGGGGCUGACGCGCGCACGCGCACUGCUGGUCAUCAUCGGUGAUCCGCACCUGCUGGUGCACGACCCCUAUUGGCGCACGGUGCUCGACUACUGCAUCAAACGCGAUGCCUACUGCGGCUGUGAGGCGCCCGUCGCUAGAGCCGACGACGACCGACAACUAGUCGACUAGUUAACAAACUAACUAGUCGCGCAACUAGUUGAUUGUUACAGUUAACUAGUGUUGAUUGUGACAUCCAUACUACCUGUGAAGUUCAAUGAAGUAAUUGAUUGUUAUUUGUGGCAGUUAACUAGUGUUGAUUGUGACAACCAUACUACCUGUGAAUUUUAAAUAAUGAAGUAAUUGAUUGUGAUUUGUGGCAGUUAACUAGUCGAUUGUGAUAACGGAACUACUUGUGAAGUUCAAUGAGGUAAUUGAUUGUCAUUUGAGGCAGUUAACUAGUGUUGAUUGUGGCAACCAAACUACCGGUGAAAUCUAACUAAUGAAGUUAUUGAUUGUCAUUUGUGGCAGUUAACUAGUUGAUUGUGGAACCAAACUACUAGUGAAGUUCAAUGAAGUAAUUGAUUGUCAUUUGUGGCAGUUAACUAGUUGAUUGUGGAACCAAACUACUAGUGAAGUUCAAUGAAGUAAUUGAUUGUCAUUUGUGGUAGUUAACUAGUUGAUUGUGGUAAUCAUACUACGGGUGAAGUCUAACUAAUGAAGUAAUUGAUUGUGAUAUGUGACAGUUAAAUAGUUGAUUGUGACAUCCAUACUACCUGUGAAGUUCAAUGAAGUAUUUGAUUGUCAUUUGUGGCAGUCAAUUAGUUGAUUGUGACAACCAAACUGCCAAUGAAGUUCAAUGAAGUAAUUGAUUGUCAUGUGUGGCAGUAAACUAGUUGAUUGUGGCAAACAAACUUCCAGUGAAUUCUAACUAAUGAAUCAAUUGAUUGUUAUUUGUGACAGUUAACUAGUUGAUUGUGAUAACCGAACUACCGGUGAAGUAGGGAAACUAGUUAAAUGUUAUUUGUGACAGUCAACUUGUUGAUUGUACAACCAAACUACUGGUGUAGUCUAACUAAUGAAGUAAUUGAUCAAUUUAUUUGUGGCAGUUAACUAGUUGAUUGUGCCCACCAAACUACCAGUGAAUUCUAUCUGCAAAUGAAGUAAUUAAUUGCUAAUUUCGAUAGUCAACUAGUUGAUUGUGACAACCAAUCGGCCAGUUAUUUCGCGCAACAACUUGAUUGUUUGACAGUUAACUAGUUGAUUGUUACAACCAAACUACCGGUGAAAUCUAAUCAAUCAAGUAAUUAAUUGCAAUUUUGAAUAUUCAACUAGUUGAUUGUGACAACCAAUCGCCCAUUGAAUUCGCGCAACUAAUCGAUUGUUUUUGUGGACGUUAACUAGUUGAUUGUGACAACCCAACUAUCAUAGAAUUGACGCGAUAACUGCCCACUUGAAAUCAGCCAAAUCACUUCCACCACUUCUAAUAUCAGACUCAAAAACAUUAUUUUCUCAUGAAUUGAAGCUGUGAUCCAAGAGACUUGGAACGAUCAAUGAUAUAAACCUAACAUUUGUAUGAUUCAGGAGUUUUCUUAUGAUAUUGUCGAAAAUAUGUGGAUCAAGACUGUUAUGGAGAGGUUGAGCUUUGUGUAUUAUAUUACAAGCUCUAGUAUACAUAAGUUUUAUAAGGUUACUCCUCCAAUGAUGGGACAUCGACCCAACGAUGUAGAUAAAAUGUAGAUAAACCUAUUUUUUCACAAAUUAUUUCUACCUAGUAUAGAGUUUGAUAACGGCGACUAGAUUUUUACAUUAUUGAUAUCUGUACAUUGGUGUGAAUAAAUAUGUAUGAAGUCUCCUAUAUUAACAUACAUAGUAAUAUUGUGUAGCUAAACAUAAAUAUCAAUCAGCACAAACUUCCA